GUUAAAGUUCCAAGCAUGCGAUAGUACUUACUUAGAUAGCAUGUUUUCAUGCAUAUAGUUUAAGUCUGACGCAGUUUAGGGAAACACUACAGAUAUGGGACGCUUUCUGGCCUGCUUUAUUUUGAUGUUUUAUCUUUAUAAGACGUGGGAGGCGGCUACACACGAAUGCCAUGGGCACCAUCAUUGCACCAGUGUCAGCUGCCCCACUUUAAAUUCCAUUUGUGUCCACGGGCAAUGUCGUUGCUCUGACACUGUGGGAGGAGGAAUUUCAUGUCUUGAGCAUCAUCAUGUGGCCAACACCCAUGACCCAAAUUGUCAAAGUGCUGGUAUCAAAUGCUCAGAUGGUCAUAGCCCAGGUUGUCAUGAAGGGCAUUGCACAUGCGCUCAUGGUUCUUUCACUUGCAAUCUUGUAAACGAAUGUAUAGAAGGGGUAGCUAACCAUACACUUGAAGACUGUGUUAAUGUCGGUGGAAUACACGGAUUCUGGCAUUGUGCCGAGCAUCAGUGUAAAUGCAUCUUCUUCAAUCACACGGACUCUACUUUAGUAGGAUGAAAAACGAG